UACGACACCGUUUGCGCAGAAUCUGCUGCAGAGUUUCUGUGUGCACCUCAAAAACGCCAUAUACUUCCCCUUUGAUUCCCCUUGAAUAAUUUUGCUGGGAAAUUCAUCUGAAUUUUACGACUAACUACUACUAUUUCCACCAUUUUUCAAAUUCUAAGAAAAGGGUGACAGGGUGUGAUAAUGUCGGGGAGGAAUCGUGGACCGCGUGAUGGGUUUAAUGAUAGGCGCGGUUACCCCCCAGGAGGACCCAUUGUUCGGGGAGGUCCAAUGCCGAGACCUCCACCUUUUCACCCUGCUGUCUUGGAGGAAGAAAUUGAAAUACAGCGCGGUGAGAUGCAUAAGCUUUUGGAGGAUAACAGAAGGCUUGCUGAUGACCGGGUUGCAUUGCAGCGAGAGUUGAAUGCUUCUAGGGAGGAUAUUCAUAGAAUGAAUCUUGCUAUUUCUGACAUUCGUGGGGAGCAUGAUGCUCGUUCAAGGGAGCUAAUUGAUAAAGUUAUGAAGCUGGAGGCUGAUCUUCGUGCAGCUGAGUCAUUUAAGAAGGAUGCUACGCAGAUGCGCACGGAAGUUCAGAAGUUGGAAAAGAUUCGCCUAGAAUUGGUUGGGCAAGUUCAGUCGUUUUCGAAGGAUUUGGCUAAGUUACAAUCGGAGAAUCAGCAAAUUCCACAUCUAAGAGCUGAAAUUGAUGGCAUGCAGCAGGAACUAAUGCGUGCAAGAACAGCCAUCGACUAUGAAAAGAAGGCUAAGAUUGCGCUGCAUGAACAAAAGCAAGCAAUGGAGAAUAAUAUGAUCUCCAUGGCACGUGAAGUUGAAAAGUUGCGGGCAGAACUCACGAGCAGUAAUGGCAGACCUUGGGCUGGUGGUGCAACUUAUGGGAUGAAACUUGGCAGUUCUGAUGCCGGCUAUCCUGGUCAUUAUGGAGAUCCCUAUGGUUCUCAUAUGGGUGCUGCUGAGAAGGCUCCUCACUAUGGAUCAGGAUCUGCUGCUUGGGGUGGAAUUGAGAAGCCUCGUGGUUCACGAAGAUGAAGAACUCUCUUGAGCCUGGCCUUACCUCUUAUGCUUUUCUAAUUUCCAAUGUAUGCAAAAGGUUUAAAUUGGUAGAUUUAUAACUGUUUGCUUGUCCGUUUUAUAGCUGUAGAUGGGGUCCAGUUUCUUGGUAAAUGGAUGUGCUACCGCCACUUUUGGUUUGUUAGUGUUGGCACCUGUGCUUUACUUUUAUAUAGGUUAUGGUUUUCUAGCUUGAAAUUCCCUAUGUGACCAUACAUGUAUGCUGUGUUUCUGUAACAUUAUUUAUGUUAUUUAUUAGACAUUGUUAAUUAUAUAGCUUAUUUUCUCCUCUUUUCCAAUGUAACUCUUAUAUUCGAUGUCAAAUAAUUUUCACUUGCUGUUUAUAUAUUUGGGCACUAAGAUUUUCUCCUGCA